UCGAAAGGACAUUCAUAAACAACUUCUUUCAAAACCCUCAUGCAUUAUUCACCUUGAACAUCCACAACUCUCGCACACUCUAAAAGAGAACGGACCAUCAGUCCCAGAAUUCACCUAUUGGCCUUACUCAGUGUACUCUGUGCAGUCAUCAUGCCAAGCCAGCUGGAGGGAGCAAUGGACGCUCUGAUCCGUGUCUUUUACAACUACUCCGGUAACGAUGGAGACAAAUACAAACUGAAUAAAGGCGAGCUGAAGGAGCUUCUGAACAGUGAGCUCACCGAAUUCCUUACAUCACAGAAGGACCCUAUGCUAGUGGAGAAGAUUAUGAAUGAUCUUGACUCCAAUAAAGACAAUGAAGUCGAUUUUAAUGAAUUUGUGGUACUGGUGGCGGCAUUGACUGUUGCCUGCAACGACUUCUUCCAGGAAGUGCAGAAAAUGAAAUGAGAGAUGAGAGUGCAGAACAUCACACUAUGUUAAAAUAGACAUGGUAUAAUAAUGUGUUACAAUCUGCUCUGUUAGCCUGUGAUUAUAAAUGUGCAUAACUAUAGUGUAAGUCAUGGUGUGAAUGGCUGUGUGUGUUGUUUAUGUGUGUAUCUGAAUCAGAAAACUUUCCCCUUAACUAAUAAUCUCUGGUAAUAAUUGUAGUUGUUCUUUUUGGGCUCCUUCUUGUUUGGGGAUUGGAUUGUUCUUGUUAUUGGAUUGAAAAUGAAACAGAUUUGAUUACUUUGGCUCAAAAUUUAAAUUAGCAAGUUACUGAUUCUUCAUUUAAUAAAAUUCUUGCCUUUACCACACUGGCCAAAUCAGAGGAGCCCUGUUGUUUGUCAUAGAUUUCAUUUAGCAGUAAAUAAGUUAAAAAUAAUUGCUGUUAAUAAGUGUCAUCAAAAUAGUCUGCAAUAAAUUUAAUAAAACCUGUUUGUG